CGUGACUCAAUGAUAUUUUGUUGGCUGCAGUGACAUCUCCAUACAGCAGCUGUUUCAAGGUGGUAAGAAGUUGUUGACAGGGUAACGGAAAGAAAGAGUAUGUAGUGAGUGAUGCUGCAGUGAUAAGCGGAGUUUGAAGUCGUCAUGAUUUUCAUCGAAAUGGAUUUAUGAACCAGAAAAUGUCGCCAGAUGAGAUAGAAUAUAAUGUUUUUUACCAUCUUCUUCAGACGAAGUAUAGGAAGAAGUAUGAGCCAGCAAUUAGCAAAUGUUGUAUGAUAUGUAUUCCCUGCUCUGCUGCCCUAAGGGGAGUUGAAAUCACAGAUGAAUUUGUCGAUAUGCACAUUCUUCAACCAGUUUCUCGCACAGCUAGUAACUUUAUUAGUGGCAGUGGAGUAAAAAAAUAUUGCUAUGAGCUUAAGGGAAGCCUGCUGACUCUCAUAGCUUCUCCAAUGAAACUUCCUGAGGAAUACGUAAUCAAAGUGUUAUCUGUAGAGACAGGUUAUAAUAAGGAAUACCAGCAAUACAAAAUACUAAUCACUGACAAACCUCUCAGCCCUGAGUUUAAAUCAAAGCCUCCUGGAGAUGAUAUGCCACAUCUUGAAAUGAAAAUCACCUGUUUGAAUGAUGCAACCCAGUUCCUGUCUCGAGCAUUCAGCCUGCAUGGAAAUUUACUUCUCUCUUUAGACACAGAUCUCCAGAAUCUUGCUGCAUCUCCACCUCCAGCUGAUGACAUUGUGGGCUUACAAGGGAAGAUUCGCAACCUGCUAAAUGUGCAUUGGGUUAGCUUGCUCAAAACACAUCCCUUAGAGUGCCAGAGGGAUGCACGUUUUCAGGUGCAGCUAUCAGCUGCACUAGAAAUCUACAUGGUGAACCAGCUGCAUAGUUUGGUUUUCCCAGCUCUGUGUGCACUAUACAAGGAAGAAGAUGCUGAAAUUUACACGCAUUUGCAAAAGCUGUCUAACCAUGGUGUGACACCUGAUCAGCUGGGAGCUCCAGUUGAUUUAGCUGUUCCUUUGCCAGCUGCAGUGGUAGAAUUAGCAUCUCUAGAUGCACAUGAAUGUCCUGCUAAUAAGUUGGGCUGUCUUAGAGCCACUAUGGAGCUAAUGAUGGCUGAACUGAAAGGUGCCAUUGUUGAUGCUCACAGUGAAGUUGCAGAAGAAGGCCAGCUUCCUGCAUUAACAUCUGAUGAUACGCUACCAUUGCUGAUGUCAGUCAUCAUUCAAGCUAAACCAUUACAUAUGGCCUCAAACCUUUUCUACAUGGAGAAUUUCCAGUGGACUUUGUCUCCAAAUGAUGUUAACAGCUAUUGCCUUGUAACAUUCAAAGCAGCUGUACAAGAAUUGUUAUCACUUGAUCCUGCUGCCCUACAGCCCCGAAGUGAAAAAGUUGUUCGUGAAAUGGGCCUUGAAGAUUUGUUCAAGGUUACCAGUGAAAUUGAUAGCAAUCAUCGCCAUAAAGAUGGAAAAACCAGUGGCCCUGUGUCACCAUUGGAUAGGCAACGUGAGCGUGUGACUGCUAUGAUUGAAGCUUCAACCAGAGAACUACGAGAAAUUAUGCCAUCGUCAGGGUCAUGCUGAAGUCACAGUAUGGUUAUAAACUUAUCAGAAAUGAUGAUCAGGUUUUGUUAAAAACUGAGGUAGUCUGUAUUGUCAUCCCGUCCAAGAAUGUAAACAUUUCCAAAUGCAUAGCAUAGUUGUAUUGUUGAACAUUUUCUUUUUAUGAUUUAUAUUAUGUACAAUAUAAGAAAUCUGUGCAGGGAACAUUUUUCUAGUCCAUUAGCAGUAAGCUGAGAUAUUACUUCAUGUUGGCUCAUAAAUAUAGUCUAGCUGCCUUCCUAAGAUGUGAUUUACAAUACUUGUCAUACAGAUUGGUGUGUGAGAAAGGAAAUAUAGAACUAAACAAUAUCAUGCAAACAUUAGUCUUCACUUUUAGAAAGCAGUGGUAGUGACACACACAGUGAGGAAUUCCUGCUUGGAAUUAUCACCCCUUCUGGGGUUCAUAUAUUACUAACAGUCAUACAUAGAAGUGACUUUGUUGUAUGUAAAGAAAUCUUAAUGGUAAAGAACAUUGAUGGAAAGUAAUUUUAGUAAAGUAUGUUGCUAUGAUUAUGACAGCAGAUAUAUUUUCUACAAUAAUUGUGUUAUAAACAAACAAAGGGCUACUGAAUGAUCAUUUAUAUUUCCAGUUUCAAGUUCACAUAAUUAUUAUUAUUUUUGUUUUCCAUGUUCAUUUGCUCAUAUCCUCA